GUUAGCCAGCGGGUUUUAUUUUGACACUCCCGUCGCCUAGCUUCCGGUGUGGUUUUCCGGUAACUUCACCGGCACCGUGUCUCCGGGAUCCUCUGAGCUGUCUGACCCGGGCCAACACGAAGCUAAGUCGGGGUUCUGGCCUUGUCCUCCGCCGCUGUCGUUAACCGGAGCCCCGGUUCAGCACCGGUGCCUCGCUCGGUAAACCCCGGUCUCUCCGGGACGAGGACCGACAGACGAACCGGCCCCAGGCGGACUGAGGAGCACCGCAGCCAGGCUAAAGCUAAACCGUGUCAGGAGCAGGUAACAGUCACGUUAGCUCGGGGGCUAACCGGGUUAUCUCUGGCACGGUUCCUCGUCCCAACACCUGAAACAUCGCGGCGUCUGGUUCGGUGUCCCCGUUAAAUGAGGACAAAAAGAUCCCGGUUCGUCUGCGUGACGUCCGCUUGACUCGGACACGGACACAUGAGGCCCCGCUGAAAACAUGGACCUGAAUUUCUAUUCGGACCUAACGGACGGUACCGGGCAGCACGACGGGGACCCGGAGUUCCUGGACCCGCAGUCCUUCAACGGCUUUGACUCUGACAACAAGUUUCCCGGAGGCAGCGACAACUACCUGACGAUCUCCGGGUCCGGUCAUCCCUUCCUCUCCUCCGCAGAGACCUUCCACACUCCCAGCCUCGGCGAUGAGGAGUUCGAGAUCCCCCCCAUCUCUUUGGACCCGGACUCGGCCCUCACCGUGUCCGAUGUGGUGUCCCAGUUUGGGGAGCUGUCGGACACCGGGCCCUCUGACAGUGGGGUGGCCCCCGGGAACGCCGUGGUGGAAGGGGAUGACCCCUCGUUCGCCUCCACCUUUGUGAACGCCCCCUCGCAGGGGCUGGAGCACCUGAGUCUGGGCGUCAUGAACCAGUCGGGAGGAGGUGCUCUGUUGGGGUCCUCGUUGGGAAUGGAUCUCGGCCAUCCCAUCAGCUCUCAGUUCAGCAGCUCGUCUCCAGUGACCAUCGACGUCCCACUGGGGGACAUGAGCCAGGGCUUGCUGGGCUCCAACCAGCUGACCACCAUAGACCAGUCAGAGCUCAGCGCUCAGCUGGGGCUCGGGUUGGGAGGCGGCAACAUACUACAACGCUCCCAUUCGCCUGAACACCCGCUGUCGGCCACGGCGUCGCCCACCAGCUCACUCCAGGAUGACGACAUGGACGAUUUUAGACGAAGCGUCCUGGUUGAAUCUCCGGUCUCCCUGGCCGUCUCCCCCGGGGUCAUCUCCCUCGACCCCUCCAUGUCCGAUUCGCCUUUCUCCACCCUGACCGCCAGCAUGUCUCCAGCCUUCGUUCAGAAAACAGGAAGAGCAGGAGGGAAGACGCCGAAGCCUCAGAAAGACCCCAACGAGCCUCAGAAACCGGUUUCGGCCUACGCGUUGUUCUUCAGGGACACGCAGGCGGCGAUUAAAGGACAAAAUCCCAACGCUACGUUUGGAGAAGUCUCUAAGAUCGUGGCGUCCAUGUGGGACAGCCUGGGGGAGGAGCAGAAACAGGUUUACAAGAGGAAAAACGAAGCGGCAAAGAGGGAUUACUUGAAAGCGCUGGCGGAGUACAAAGCCGGCCACAGUUCUCAGGCUCCCAUUGAAGUCAUGGACACUGCCCCCUCGCCUCCACCUCCGGCUCCAUCAGUCACAGCCGCACCUGCCCCCACCCUCGCCCCCCGCCCCACCAGGUCCCAGCAUUACAACCCAGAGGAGAACACCAUCACCAACAUCUGCACCUCCAACAUCAUCCUGGACCUGCCCCAGGUCACCACGCGCUCCCGCACCGGCGCCAACAAACCCCAACCUCUACCUGCUGCCCCGAACCCCCCCACCGUCACAAAGAUCAUCAUCAAACAGACGCAGUUGCCCUCUGGCGCCGUAUCGGUCACGGCGACGGCCGCCUCGUCGCCACGCCAGCCGCCUCCUCUGCAGCAGAUGCAGAGCACGCCGCCUCCGCCUCGGCUGCAGCAGAUGGUGCACGCCCAGGCUCCUCCACCUCUGCAGGCCAAGCCACGAGGCGGGGGCGCAGCUGCUGCCACCGCUCCUCCACCGCUACAGAUUAAGGUCGUCCCAUCGUUGCGACAGUCGGAUUCAAUCACGCCGAUAAUUAUGGCGGCGGGGGGGGAAACGCCUACGUCCCCGACACUGAUGAUGGAGCUGGGACAGUCGGCUGCAGUGGUGACAGGAAGAGAGGAAGUGACAGAUGUGGAAGAAGGGAUGGAGGUGGAGGUGAACGUUGCCCCCGGCCCAAGCCUGACUCCCGCCUCCAGUCCCAACACCUGCAUGCGUGCCGGCUGCACCAACCCCGCUGUGGAGAGCACGGACUGGGACAAGGAUUACUGUAGCAACGAGUGUGUCGCCACACACUGCAGAGACGUGUUCAUGGCCUGGUGUGCGAUCCGAGGGCGGAACUUCACCACCGUCACAUAGGGGGAGGACCAGCUGACGUCGGAGUGAUACACAGAGAAAAAGACAAAGCUGAUACAUGAAAUGCAAAUGAACAGAGGAAUAACUGAAUGAAUGGAUAAUAGCCAGAUCGGGCUCAGGUACCUGCGGUAGUGUUUUUUUGUUUUUUUUCAUCAUGUCCCGUCAGAUGGGAGAACAGUCGAACGGACAGUGUUUUUCAAAGUGUUAUGAUAUACUUUCCUGUGGCGCUCUCAUCCUGCACAAACGACUCCAGCAGAAUUUUUUUUUUUUUACCAAUACAUCAGUGGGACUGACGGCUCAUAAUGAGAUGAAUGGAUAAUUUAAUAAUCUGGACGGAAGCAGAAAGAGAAACUAGAGACUCUGCUCUGCUGCUCCGCACUAUUGAUCAUGUGUUGUGAAUUUAAAAUAUGGACUUGAGGAAAGAAAAAUCUAACAUUUUAUAUGUACUUAUUGUGUUUUUAAUUAUUUUGAAAAGGAAAAAAGUGCAGGAAGGAAAUUGUGAUCCUGCAAAUGUGUUUCAGUUUAUUAUAUUGAUUUAAAAAAAUUCUUUACUGUCACACUGGGGACAUUUUUUUUUAUUCAGUUAUUUAUGGGGGUUUCUGCGUUGACGGGCCGGAGAAUUUUACUCAAUAGAGAUUUGAACAACCAACAAGUGGGCAAAGCACAAACCGUCUUAAAGCUAAUCUGGAGUCGGACAAGGGGGUAAAAAAAAUAUUCGUUAGAAGUAAUUUUGAGCCAAAUACUGUGUCACCUUUAAAAAGCCACGAUGGUGGAAACUGGAAACUUUAAAAAAACAGGUGCUAAGAUUCAGGGACAGAAAUCACACCAAGGUUCUCUGUGCUCCUCCGCUGCUGAAAUACCCGGUGACGUAACAGGGUUUUUACUCAUGUGGUGCUUCUUUUGUUUUAUGAGGAACAUUCGUGGUGGAAUAUAAAAAAAACAAUAUUGGAGUGAAACGAACACACACCAGCUCUGACAACACUACUUACUGUGAGAGGAAAGGGAAUACGAUUAGAAACUCUGUGAACAGGACGGGGGUUCGUUUCAGGAAUUUCUUUCAGGUCUGUUGAAUAAUCAAAGAUGAGGAGUUUCUUGAAAAGAACAAACUGUUCCCGGUCAGAUGAAAUGAUGCAGUGAAGAGUCUGGUUUAUUGUAGAUAUCCGGGGAAUGUUAUCAAUGGUGAAAUAAAAAUAUUUUAUGUUUUAAUAUA